AUGCAGCAAAAGAAAUGAUCAUCGCACCUUCUUACACUAAUUCUUUUACAAUAUUACUAAUUACUAAUUCAUUAUAGUGGUAUAUUUCCGAUUUUAUAUCUAAGUUUAAGAAAUAUACAUGACUAAGUGUAGCAUCAGUUCAUCACUAUGUAUCCUAGCACUUACAGUACUGGGAGCUUCUUUGUUGGGAACAUGCAUGGCCAACACGGAAGUAAAGACGACACAACGGUGGGGUUGGGGUUGGGGAUGGGGUAGGGGUCAUAGUACGCCUCCAGUUGCCCCUCCAGCUGGUUGGGGCUCGGGAUGGGGUUGGAGUAGGGGUCAUAGUACACCUCCAGUUGCACCUCCAGUUAGUUGGGGUUGGGGCUGGGGUUGGAGUAGGGGUCGGGGUCAUAGCACGCCUCCAGUUGCCCCUCCAGCUGGUCAGGGACAGGGUGGGUGGUCGGCUCCUGGUGGCUACAAUUUUAGCCGCAGUGGCUGCCCCUUGUCUCAUGAAAACCGCACUAGUAGUAGCGGUGGACCUACUUUGUCUCAUGAAAACCGUACUAGUAGUAGCGGACCUAACAAGAUCGUUGUGGGAGGGUCUUACAAUUGGAAUUUUGGCUUCAAUUACAGUGACUGGGCUCUCAAGAGUGGACCUUAUUAUCUCAAUGAUGUCCUAGUGUUCAAGUACAACGCACCUGUAAACGGAACCGGACACAGCGUAUACUUACUACCAGACUUCCAGAGCUACUUAAAGUGCGACUUAACGAGAGCCAAGCAAGUUGCAAGUACCAACCAAGGAGGCGGCAAGGGAUACGAAUUUAAGCUGAACAAGUGGCAGCCUCAUUACUUUGCUUGUGGAGAGCACAAUGGCAUUCACUGCAACCUUGGCAUGAUGAAGUUCUUUGUCAUGCCUAUCUUUCGCUCCUGGAAUUAAUUCGUAGUAGUAGUACACAGGCAUCAACUGCUCAGCUCUAGGCCCAACACCAGUUGAUAGAGGAAUAUGAUUAUAUUAUUUAUCUUGCUAGAAAAUAAGUAACGCAACGCAAAACAUUAUGUUACACUUUGCUUUUGUAACAAGUUCUUCCCAUUUUCCCUUGCUUAAUUGUAAAAUUUACAUGUUCUGAAAUGGUAUUGGUUCACCCUUAAA